UUUACGACAUUUGGCGGCAUUUGGCCGGUGCACAACAAGGGUUCAUCCGCGGUUACUUUGGAACGAAGCGAUCACUUUUAAAAGCAUGGCGGACUUCGAGUUCGUCCUGCCUUUGACAAAGGACCUACUCCUGAGAGCCGAGCGUGUCGGCCACUAUUAUGUCAAGGACGUGGUUCCAGCUCAGGAGAUCGGAGCCCAGGUUCGAGGAUUUCUCUCCAAGAAAAGGCUCCUCGACACCAAAUGUGUGGUUGAUUCCUUCGAUCUGCUUUACAGCGUUAUGACGAACUUUCAUUCUCUCGACGAGAACGUGAUACAAGAUGCGUUUGACCUGGCACUCUUGGGUGUUUCGAAGGUUGAAUCGGACUUGACGAUACUGCUGCGAGAUCCUGACGCGUCUUUAGAUUUCGACACCAAGAAACAGGCUCAGAACCACCUCAAGAUGUCCUGCUACGUACUCUGUCACCUCAUGGAGCUUGUUGAAGAUGAAUCCAGGAAGCCGUCGCUGGACGUGACCGCGAGUGCGACAAAGGGUCGCAAAAAAAUGGCUGCAAAUAACGGGAAGUUUCUCGAGUGGGCGUCACAGAAGCUGAAGGCUGUCCAGUGCCUCAAGAAUAUACACGAGCUGUCGUUGCAGUGUUUGUGGUCACCGCAACCCGUUGAAGACGAGUAUAUCAAUCUGGUGGCUGACUGCUUCUUCAAGCUAAUAGAAGAUGCUGGCAAUAAUAAGUCUAGCACAAUCAAGGAUGCAUUCACCACGGUGAUUGGCCUGAACAUCAAAAGGCACGGCUACUCUAUUGGAUGUGUCAUGAAAAUAAUACAAGUGCUGCAAGCUCAGGAGCACGUGGCAUCCUUCCUUGCCGAAGUCCUGUUGAUCUUUUCGGAGAAGUUUGGCAUGAAAAGCAUUGUUGGCGACUGUAUCAGAGAACUGUGCCGACUGGAUUCCCUGGAGAACGCGCAGGACUGUGGCGGCAUUCGGAACCUGGCCACGUUUCUCGUUGAGCUCACAGACAAGAUGCCCGAGUUGGUCACUAAGUCGGCCGGGUUGCUCGUCGAACUGCUAAAUGUCAAGAGCUACACUAUACGAAUAGCAGUUUUGACAGUUUUCUUCAAGAUUGUGCUUGAUGUCCUAAGCAAGGAGGGGCUGGAUGACAAAGAAAAGGAACUGAGAGACGCCCUCCUUGACCAUCUUGAGGGACACAUUUUGGACGAGAACGCGUUUGUGCGCAGCAAGGCGUUGCAGCUGUGGCAGGACAUGUGCAACAGGAAGUGCAUCCCACUGGACAGGCAACAGACUGUGCUUGAGCUCAUCGCCGACAGGCUGUGCGACAAGUCAAGCGUCGUCCGAAAGAAUGCCGUCGGUUUUGUGUCGUCCUACAUGGCCAGCAGUCCUUUCAUUGCCAAGUUGUCACCUGAAGAACUGAAGAAGAACCUUGCCGAGGAAGAGGAGAAGCUGAAAGCUUUGCGCAUUUUGCACAACGACGUGGAAGACGAAGAACAGGAAGAUGAAGCAGAUGCGUCGUGGAUGGGAAUCUUGCCAGGCCUGCAAGAGGUGCUCCAGGAGGACGAAGUUAAUAUCAACGGCCUAUCCUUGACCAAUGAAGAAAGCGUGUUGCUUGACGAGAUUCUGAAUCAGAUACGAGCACUACUCAAGAACGGCAGCUGCACGGAGGCCGUUAGAGUGCUCAGGAAGGCAAUCGCCACAUAUCCGGACGUGAACCUCUUCUGCAAUCCGACUGCCAACGAGGACAGCUCAGAAGACAAGGAGGCUGAAGAGAACGGUGUCAAGAACAAUACAGAUCAGGUCCUCUUGAAUGUGCUGAAGAAAAUUUAUCAUGGUACCAAGGCUCCAGGGCCUGAUGAAAAGGUGCCUGAAAAAGAGGCACCUAAGCCAGCGCCCCCACCAAGUGAUGCUGUGUCCAGCGAGGGUGCAGUGGAGCUUUACAAGCAAAAGAUGCUUGUCUUGUAUCUCAGGGACUGCGCUGACUAUGCCGAAAAGAUCCAGGAAGUGAUACCGACGCUCUGCGACAUGCUCUACUCGCGCACCCAGUCAGACAUACACGAGGCCAUUGCCUUCUUCGUAUCUGCCCACGGGCUGGGAAUCAAGGGGGCCCUCUUGGGCAUCCGCAAAAUGCUUUCCCUGGUGUGGUCCAGAGAGCCAACCAUCCGAGAAGCGGUUGCCAACGCGUACCGAACGUCUACUUCAACCAGCCUGCCACCAGCCAAGACCAGAGCUCGAAAUAUUACGAUUGGCCUGUCCGAGCUUGUCAAAACUGUGACGGCGAGUGAGCUGAUAUGUCUUGAACAGCUGGUGAAGGAACUGGUGAAGAGUGGCGACGUUUCCUCCGCGGUUCUGCGAUUUCUCUGGGAAAGGUACACAAUGGAGCAGCCAGACACCACCAGAGAAGACUGCCUUGCAGCCACCCAGCUGCUUUCUAUGGUUGCCAGUGCCGAUAACAACAUGGUGGCAAAAAACUUGGAGCUCCUCGUCUCCGUUGGAUUGGGCGAGCGUGGGAAAGCCGACCUUGACUUUUGCAGGCACACGUGCAGCAUCAUCCAGAAAAUGAGCGGUGCUGUCUCGGCUGCCCAAGCACCCCUGCAGCACUUUGAGAAUUCCCACAACAUGUUUGUUCGGCUUCAAGACAUUCUACUAGAAACAUUUUGCGACACCAACGUGGAUAUUUGGAUUCCCACCAUGGAGAGGGCCCUUGACAUUAUCUACAGGUACGCCUUGGAGCCGGCCAAAAUUGCCGACAAUAUCCUCCACAGUUUGGCAGAAAAGUUGCUGGCCUCGUGCCAGGAGCAAGUGGCCGUCAAUGGUGCAGCACAAACAAACCCACAGGAUUCUGAGGGCUCGCAGAACGAAGAGAGCGAAGAAUCGACGGUGCAGGAAUCGCCCCAGACGCCCUCGCGCGAGUGUUCGAACCUGCUGCUGUCUCGCGCGCUGGCUUGCGUCGGUCACGUGGCACUGCGGCAGCUCAUCUACCUCGACGUGGACGUUUUCGCUCAGCUGAAGCGGAAACGCGAGUCCGCAAAGGACAAGAAGGAGCAGGCCGUGAACAAGAAGAAGAAGCGGCAGUCAAUGUCUGCUACCGGUCACGUCCUUGCCCAGAGCCAGGAGGCGCCUGAGAACCAGAAUGCUGAAGAUGAGAUGUUGGGUCCGGUGACAGAAGACACGGACGCGGAGUACAUUGUUCACCUCUUGGACAACGUGCUGCUAAGCAAUGAAAAUACCCUUGGCAUUUGGAGCGAGCUUGUGGUGCAUGUUGUCACUGAGCAGGACACAUACACGGACGAAGGUUUACGCAGAGUCUCUUCCCUUGCGCUGGCUAAACUGAUGACAAUCAAUGCUCAGUUUUGCGAGCGGCACUUGGCCCUGAUUUUUGACAUCAUGGAGAACUCGCCAGAUCCCGUGAUGCGCACCAACCUGAUCGUGGCUGUGGGCGACCUUAUGGUCCGCUUUCCUAAUCUGCUCUACACCUGGACUGAGAAGGUCUACGCUCGGUUGCAAGAUCAAUCGCGGGAUGUCAAGAUGGGAACAUUGAAGACGAUCACCUUCCUUAUCUUGAACGACAUGAUCAAGGUCAAAGGUCAGAUCAGUGACAUUGCCAUCAUGGUCAUGGACGAAGAUGAAGAACUUGCAGACAUGUGUCGGAACUUCUUCUUUGAACUCGGAAGCAAGGGAAAUGCCCUGUACAACCUGCUGCCUGACAUCAUCAGCCAUCUUUCGGACGAAGAACAUGGCGUAGACGAAAAGAAUUUCCGCAUUGUGAUGAAGUUGCUGUUCUCCUGCAUCGACAAGGAGAGACAACUUGAAAACUUCAUAGAAAAGCUCUGCUUCAGAUUCAUGAUUAAGUCGACGGAGCGGCACUGGCGUGAUCUCGCGUUCUGCCUGUCGCUCAUUCCAUUUGGAGAACGGGGCAUCAAGAAGCUCCAUGAGAAUGUGGUGUGCUUUGCCGACAAGAUGCAUGUGGACGCCGUGUACGAGAGUAUCACAGGCAUCAUAGCAAAUGCGAAGAAAGCCCAGGUAAUGAAGCCUGAUGUCAAGGUGAUCCUGCAGGAGUUGGAAGACUUGGUGGAAGAGCUGCGGAAUAAGAACCUCACCGAGAGCGAGCUAGUGCAGAGGACAAAGAGAGGCAUUGCGCAAGCAUCGGCCACCAAGCGCGGGAACAAGCCUUCUUGCGCGACACCGAAGAGUCAGAAGACGCCGGCUAAAGGCAGGAGAAGAUGCCAGAGGAAGCUAGCGCGCAUCUCCGAGAGCAGUGAUGAGGACGAAGAAGAUCAGGAAUCGCCACCUCCAUCCCCGCGGAAAGCACGGCCUCAGCGGCAGUGCAAGGUGCGAAUACAGCUCAGCGAUAGCAGCGAGGAGGAGGUUGACGAUAGCGAUGACGAAUGAGCAAGCCUAUAUGAGUAGCCAUGCUCGAGAUAUCGAAAAUUGUUGACGCUGCAACUGGCACACUGCAGCUGCUCUACAGCGGAUGCAUACAUGCAUGGUCAGGUACCUCAAAAGGCGAGUGUACGCAAGGAAAAAACGAACACUGCUACAGUAUUUUUAUGUUUUCGCUUUGCAUAUCCCACGUUUUGGCUGUAAGCUAAUGUAGCAGUGGGCUCUUUUUGCACUAUAUGACAAUGCAUUGCUACUUUUUAUACUACGCGACAACCUACCAGUGUGACCUCGUUCCCAAGAAAAGAAAGAGUGCUGCCUUGGUCGCUGGGGAAUUAAGGUGCAUUUUACUUGUUUUUUGUUUUUAUCUGUUUUUUACCUUAUACAAUCUCUCUAUAUCUUUCUACUGCCUUAAAAAAAAUGCAGGUGAACAACAAAUAUAAACCUUUAGAAGUUGUUAUUACUGUAUAUUUUAAGUUCGGCAAGUCUAUUUAUUUUACAACUGUUUUUUGUUAGCACCACCGUUUUUUGUUUGUACGGUCCUAGCGUACUGUAACUUGUCUCAAUAUCGCUUCAUUUUAUAAAUAACAGUAUUGGUGUUAUUAUUUUUACCAUUUGACCUAGACUGCUUCAGUGCAUCUGCAUCAUGUGUUUCCCAUGUGUCUAAGAGUGUAUUAGACACAUGGGAGGACCUAACUGCAUGUUUGCGCUCGUUUUUUCUUCCUUCAUCUUGAUUCGAAAUGUUAUACCUUUAUUCAAGUCUUCCGAAGCUUGUUGUCAACUUUAUGUGAUUUGCCUUUCGGCUGGGCUGGUCACAUGAAAUAAUAGAUGCUGUGGAAGAGGUAUAAUUCCAAGUUCUAGUUUAUGUUGAGACAACUUUAGAACGAAAUUAAAUCUGCACACCUAUGCCAGGCCUUCUGUACCUUCAGCAGCAAAACACAACAAAUGUUCUGCUUUUAUCUUGUAAUUUGCCAAGUACCACUAACUGGUUACAUAGCUGAUAAACACAAUAAGUCACUCCAGACAAGAACAGCAGUGUGUGUUUUCACCUGUUGUAGUAUUUGCUGUGCUUGGCAAAUUUCAAGACAUACAUCAAGUUGCUCAGCUUUCCGCAAGGUUCUGCAUUUGUCACCGCACGAUGCACAAUGCACUGGGGCUUACGACACACACCAUGUCAAGGAUGCGGUUUCGAAAAACCCAUUAAUUGUUGCAGGUUGGCCUCGCCCACUUUUUCAAAUUUUGUCACAAAUGUGCCGCCUGUUUCACGAAAAUGUACUGCUGUGUUGUCUCGUAGCAAGUUUAGUUAGUUUCUCGAAGCCUGUUGAUGGUACAUACAAGCUGGUAUAGUGCAUGUCCUUUGCAUCCGCUUUAUUUGCGGUGUUGUGCAGGUUUUUCUUUGGUUAUUGAGGCUGUUUGUAGUCGUCGUUGAUCACUUCGGCAGUUAUUUCGCUCCAUGGGCCUCUCAUUUUAAUCACGAUGAACUGUCAUUGAGCCAUCGUCGCGAGGCUAUUGCAGUUGUAGCAUCAGUUACAUGAGGUCACGGCCCUCCAUUUUCUAUUGUACAUAUUCCUUAUGCAUUUAUAACUAAAGUUUGAGCAUUACGAUAUGACUGGGCAGCAAACUGCCGACUGCAAUGGCAUGGUUUGGAGCACCUAGCACAGAAUUAGGGCACAAGUUGGAACAUGCAAGAGUGCCUGUACUGUGGAUGAACUUUACAACAAUUAAUAAAGGACUUUGUGCCAGCAGAACUACAUAUCUGUCCUUGGACAUUCAUUAGUAGCUAUGCACAAGCCACCAAUGACGUUGCCUGGUAGAAUAAGUGGGUCCUAGACUGAGAACUUGAGAAAGACACGAUGCGGAAGGAAAGGGUGAGGACAUUUGUGAGCGUGCAUUUUUUCUGCACGGUACUUUUUCUUUUACCAGGAAAGAAAAACGUGUGUAUUAUCAAAGACCAUUUGUGAUGGAAAAGAUUACACACACUGUACAGCCUUGCUAUGUCUGACAAGCACACCAUAGGAAACCUCAUUGUAAUGUAGUUGCAUCUGACAUAAAAAUGGCAUCUUUAUAUGCGAAAGUUUGUUACAGAUGGAAAUUCCUGACACUGAAUUAAUGGCAGGACUAUACUCUGUUAACUUCAUGAGAACUGUUAAUUUGUUACGUCCAUAUUCAUUACAUUGGUUUGACUGGUGUAUAGAUCAUAGAUCUGUUGCUUAAUAUUUGUACACGCAUUCAUUACAAAGGUACUUGACAUGUUCGCUUAUUUUUAGGGCUUCGCGUGUAGUGUUGGAGCUCCAUAAAAAUAUUUUUGUGAAGGCAGUUUUUUGUGCUCUUCCACUGUUUGGUUUUUGCAUUUGUAGAAAGCCUGGGAAAGAAAUCUUUGUAUUGGAUUAUGAGCAUUUUUGCCACACACAUUACGAAUUUGUUAAAGUGCAGCAACAGUGCCAUCCAUUUCAUGUUACUUUGCGCAUAAAACAAAUGCAUGCGUCAACAGGAUUUCAAGUUUUAAAAAUUUUUUGAUGUGGCUGUCCGUGAUGGGAACAUUAUUGCAAAUUUCAUGCAGUGUUGUUCGACCUGUGGUCACAAAUUUGUCUGUGUUUAUUACUUUUUAUGCCUGCCAUGCACUGUCAUCAUUGUACAUAUUUACCCAUCUCUCAUUAUCACUUACAUUUUUUUGCAAUAGCCACCACAACUGAAUUGCAUUUACUACGUUAUCGUAUAUGUUGAAAGUGCUGUCAUUAGGCAGAGUGCCUCAAGCAAUAGAUAUGUGCUAAAGAAUAAAAUACUGUGCUGUCGAA